AUGUGGGCAAAACUUAAAGCUUCUUCAAAGAUUGCAAAAGGGAAAGAAGUGAUAAGACAAGUUCAAAAAAGCUUCAAUCUGAACGAGGAGUACCUCAGUGCAUUGAGAACCAAAUCAUAUGCAGACUUCUACAAUAAGGCUCAAUUGCUUGUAAACGAGCCAUCAUCUUCUUUUAGUUACAGCCAUGACCACAAAUUCUCAGAAGUCCUCCUAGAACCUGGUCAAGAAGCCAUACCUGGUAUUCUUGAAUCUGCGAUUCUUUCGAAGGUGCCUGAAUUGAAAGGCCUUAUGCUCAACUACUUUGACAUCAGUGCUGAGGCCUCAAAAAUAUGUACCCACCUCUUAAAAAGCAUCAAACGUAUCCAAUCCAACUACCACGUCGUUCAACAAGCACUUGAUAAAUUCGAGGACUAUUCCCCGAACAAAAUCAAAUCGAUUGUUUCUGAGCUAAACUUGUUCAUUAUCCAAAACAACAUAAACCCUUUUUCAAAUCCUAAUGACCAUGACUUUGAGCUCAUUCAUGACAAGUACUCGUCGGUUUUGCACCACCUGAAGUCGAUGAGAAGAAAGGUGUCACGGAAGAUUAAGCUCGUCAACUGUUGUUCUAACCGUACAUACUCUCACUGCCUUGCUCAUGGGACCAGCUAUCUUCAGCUUCCCAUUAAGCGCUUAAAGAAAAAGUUGAGUAGUAUCCCGUCUUUGAGAAGUAGGAUUCUUACCAAAGUCGGAGAGCAACUUGAUGUAGCCGCCAAGGGGACUUAUAUUCUGAACAGGGAUUUCGACACAAUGAGCCGACUUGUGGCAAGGCUUCAUGAUGAGGUUGAACACAACAAGUCAAUGAUUCGGUUCUGCUUGGAGAGGAGAGAGGAUAAGUUUUCGUUGCAAGUUGUGAAGGAGCUUAAGAAGAGUGAUAUUGGGUUCAGAAAGCAAGUGGAGGAGCUUCAGGAGCAUGUGUAUUUGUGUCUUGUGACUAUCAAUAGAGCUAGAGCUUUGGUCAUCAAGGAGAUGAAAAAAUCUUGCGUAGAAAAUUGA